UCUGUGUUCAUUAAAUAAGGGGUUCUCCAUAUUCUAUGCGCUGGACAGUUUCGCCGCCCUAGUCCUCUACGAGGAACCUCCCCAACAUCUUUAUCUCUUCCGCUGCUACAUGCUCAGUGCAACAUCUGAGCUACUACGAUAGGUCUUCAGCGGCCAUUUUUUCAUCUAGUUAGGAUUUUAGUUUCUCCGCCAAUCUUUUUCGAUUGGGCGGCUCUUUGGUUUGGGAUUUACUCUUGCGACGAGUUUCUUGGUGCGAACAAGAAGUAGAGACAACAAUAGCGAGAGGAUGACAUCAUGAGUGAAAGUCAUGGACGAAGGUUGAGGUUAAAGGUUGGAGCAAAUCCGGAUUCAAGGUAAUUUGUGGCGAAAGUGGAGGUUUGACAGAGAAUACGAUGAAUAAGAGGCAGAGUGAGGAAAAAGGUACAGUAAUGCUGGCUCGACCCCCUCUUGAACCGCCGCCAUGGAGUGCUGGAGAAUUUAGGAUUUGGAAUAAAACGAGUGAACUCUGUUUUAAUUCCUUUUUAUUUUGUUUGUGUUUCUAUUUCGAACUGCAUGUUAUUUUGGUUGUGUUUUUAUUUCCGGUUGUAGUUCUUUUGAUAGACAGAGUUUCGGUUCCGGUCAUUUUAGGCUUAAUUUUGCCCGUUUCAGGUUUAGCGAGUUAUGUUGCUUUGAAUGAGGUGGCUGACUCUAAGUCUAUUCCUAGGGCUCAUGAUUGGAUUUGUAAAUCUGUCUGAAAGUUGUCUUAUACAGGUUCUCAUUUUUAAUAUAAAAGCCGCUAUUUUACGAUAAAAA